UCGACAAAAAGCCUCGCGGCGAAUCAGCGAGCUCGUUGAUAGCUUUACCUCGUGGGCGGCGCGCGACAGGAAGUGCGUCAGAAAGGCGCGCCUGAAGCGGAGCGGGCGCCGUUGCCAUGGCGGCAGUCGCGGCCGGCCGCAGCCUCGCACGGCCCGUAGGGAUCGCCUUUAAAACACCGCCGACAGCCUCUCCGCUAUGAAGCCUUCAUGGCAGCGGAGAGCAGUUCCAGCACCAGCCGGGACUCGCUGGGCAGCCUGACGGCCGGCGAUGUGCUCGUUCGCUCCACCGGUGCCCACGGGUUGAAGGGCUCUGGAGGAAGCGGGUGCGGGAAUGGCGUUGCCCUUUGUGUAACGAAGCUCCGCGAGGCGUUUCCGUCUCGCCAGACGAGCGGUGUGGCUUUGGGUCGAGGGGAAACGCCGUGCGUAUCUCCGGCCGUGUCAUCAAACAGGGCUUCGAGCUGUAGGGUCGUCGAUGUCACUCCCUGCAGCGCCGCACCAGGAGUCUGGAGUACUAAGGGUCACCCAGAACAUUUGCUUUUAGUGGAAGAUCCUGUGGAAGCCAUGUUUGUACCACAAAUGGAUUAUGCUAAAGAAGCUGCAGCUAAUCCUAAAGAAGCAGGUCAUUCACCAGAAGACAGCAGGAGGUCUCCAGAUGAUGUUUUAAUUUCUCGAUAUCCUGCUGGCCAGAAAGAAGCAUUGAGAGCAGCAUUAAAGCAAAAAACACGAAGUGCUCCUGUAUUUAAGGAGGUGAAGGUGCAGCUCUUAGGAAAUGCCUCCCCUGAAAGAAAGGAAGAUGUUGGUCAAGACCCCAGGUCAAUGCACAGGGAAACUGAUUCUGCAACAACCAUUGCAGCAGCAACUGCUGCUGCCAUUGCUACCACUGCUCCUCUUCUUAAAGUACAAAAUGAUUUGCAAGCCAAAGUUAACUCAGUUUCUACAUUACUUCAUAAGCUACAGGAGACUGAUAGGCACCUGCAGCGUGUUGCUGAACAGCAAACCAACACAAAGACUCAACAUGAGAAGCCCCACUGUCACGAAAGAGUCAGCGAGCUUGAAAAACAAAUGAAUGCUUUUAUGCUGCAACGGAUUCACCAUUUGGAAAAGCUGCAGGAGCAUCAAAUGAAUAUUCAGUCUCAUUUCAUUAGCUCUGCUGUCAACAUGGGUGGCUUGCAGCAGACUCACAUGCCUUCUUCCAGUCUCGUGACAAAACAAUCUGAGAAGGCAGAACAGCAGUUGCUUAACAAUGGAAUAUCAUCAUCUCAGAAGAGUUUUUUUCCUUCCAGUGGUCUGCCUACCCAAGGUGAUGGGAGACAACUUGAGCAUAUUCUGAAUCCUCAAGUAGCUCCACGGGGGCAAAUGGAGUCUUCUGAGAAGACAGUGUUGACCAAUGAUAAAAUGAGCUGGCAUUCUGAGAUGGAAAGGCCUACUGCUUUGCAAACAGACUCGUGCCCUGCUUAUGAAAACUCCUCCCAAAAUUGCAAUUCAAUUGAGAAAACGGUGAAAAAAGCAGAUGAUUUGCUUCAAGUUCUUGGCCAGUUGAGAAAAGAGAUGCACGACGUGCUACAGGAUGCAAAUUCAUGGAAAUUAGACAUGAAUGAUCUCAUUAAGACAAAACCAACUACCAUUGCAUCUGAUCCUCCUGAACUUAAUCAACUCGUUAAACCAUCUGUCCUUCAAAAUGUUAAAGCACCAGAAUCUAUCCUGAGUGAUGCAAAGAGGGUUUUGAGGGAAGUUCAAAGCAGAAAAAAAGUUCUUGAAGAAAACUUGGAAGCCAUUCUUCGUGCAAAAGGUGGAGAUGCCAUGUCUGCUUUCAUAAACGCCUUGACUACAAACAGAGAUGCAUUGGAGAAGAUUCGUAUCAGAAAGGCCGUGGAUGAGAGGAUUAAGGCCAUUAGUGCAGAAAUCCAGGCAGAAAUGGCAAGAAAUGAUAUGGAACGAGUGAAAUAUGAUCAAAAGGUCCCGUGGAUCAAGAGAGCCCAGAACAUCAAGGCUAUGAAGAACAGUAAAGAAAUUAAGGCAAAAACUCAGAAAAUCCAAGGAUGCUCAACAAAGAAGCCUUUAUCUGCAGCUAAGUCACUGCAGAAUCAUGCAGAUGAUAACAGAAGCAAACAGGGCUUUAGAACUUAUUUUUCUUCUGAAAGUUUGCAGAGGAAUAAAAAAGGGACAGAUGAGCCUGUGAGUGGAUGUGCAGUGGUACAAAAUGAAGAGUAUUUAAGCCAAGUUUAUGGAAAACCAAUUUACCAGGGCCAUCGUAGCACUCUCAAAAAAGCACCUUAUCUGAGAUUCAACUCUCCCUCUCCUAAAUCUAAACUUCAUAGACCCAGAGUGAUAGAGUAUGUUAGAGGUACAAAGGUGAAGUCAGCAGGAACACAGACUUGUUCUCACGCACAGAAGGCAGUAAUCAGCUCAAAGAAACAGCAUCCUUUGUAUGCACUUGCUCAAGAAAAUCAGUAUUUUUUCAGUCCAAACAGAGAUGUGGCUGCUGACUGCGGUCCCCUUGAGGGUCACCUAAUUCCUAUGGCUAUUCCACUAGGUCAGACCCAACUUAAUGACAUCCCAGUGCAGCCUGCAGCAGUAGUUACGUGUACACCACACCCUGUUACAGUCACAGCCUCUAUUCCCCAAGUGCCACCAAAGCCUCCAACUGAAGUAAAAAAGCCCAAUAUAGCUGUAAUAGAGAUGAGAUCAGAGAAGAAGGAUCCCCCUCAGCUGUCUGUGCAGGUGUUACCAAAUGUUGAUAUUGACAGUAUUUCAAAUGGCAGUGUGAGUGCAGACAGUGUGCUUCCAGAACCCAAACCUGCACUUUGUCCUGCUGAUGCUGUAAUACAGGCUCCAGAGGAUAUACAAAGUGAGGAAGAAGACAUGAAGUUUCCAGGAACUAAUUUCAUUGAUGUUACUGAUGUCAUGCAGGAUCAGGAAGAGGAGAGGGAUGAAAUUCCAGAAUUUACAGAGCCUCUUCUAGAGAUUAAUGGACAUUUUAAAGUUGCUGUACCAACAUACAAUGGUCCUUCAUUUCCUCCAGUGGCUUCUGCUCCUCAGCAGUCUUCUGACGUUUUGGAUGAAUGGAUUGAAAGGAGAGAAACUAUAGAAAACAGAUUGAUAAGUUGGGUGGAACAAGAAAUAAUGGCAAAAAUUAUCAGUGAGAUGUACCCAGUUCAGAGAGAAGCUGUGCCCAGUGUUAGCUCAUCAGAGGGAGAAGACAGUGAGGCUGUAUCCUCUGACAUUGUUGAAGCUGCAGGUGGGGGAGGAUUUCAGCUCUUUAUUGAUGCUGGUGUACCAGUGGACUCAGAAAUGAUUAGUCAUCUAGUCAACGAAGUGCUCAGCGAGACAAUUGCGACCAUGCUGGGUAACAGGCAGGCUCAGGAAGCAGUUCCUGCUACAAAUGUUCUUCCAAGUACAACAGCUGUGAUGGAGCCUCUUGUGCCUACUCCAUUGCCAACACCUCAGGCCACACCACCACAAACACCACCUUCAGAAAAAGAAAUGCCUCCAGUCAAAACUCCAGAGUCCUCCCCAUCUAUCACAGAACUGAGCAAGGAUGCUCACGAACAAGAAAAAAUGAAAGAAGCAGGCUCUGAUAUUCCAGCUGCUGUUAGUCGUGUUGGUACACCUGUGAUUACCCCUAUCAGUACGCCUCCUGAAAUAAUCACACCAAGCCCUCCUGCCUCUGAAGCUGCAAAAACGGAAAAUCCAGCACCUCCAAACCCAUGGGAUGAUGCAGAACUUCCUCUGGAAGAGGAGAAACCCAGUCUGUUAGCUGAAGAAACAUUCAAUCCCAAAGCUGUUGAGAUGUCAGUGGCUAAUGAUGAGGAACCAGAGGCUUUGAUUUCACCAUCUUGGCAGUUGUCACCAAGGCCCUUUCAGUCGCUUCCUUGUGAACCACAGGUUCCAUCACCUGCACCUACAGACAGUUCUGAGCAGUCCACACAGGAAAGCAGUCCAACCCUCACAGAAACAGAAACUGUAGACAGACCCAUCUCAGAAGGGGAAGUUCUCUUCAGCUGUGACCAGAUGCUGGCUGCGAGAGAAGGAGGACUGUCUUUCCCAAAUCUCACUGAAAGCUUAACAAGUACUUUACAGGAUGCCAAUGACAUGGAUUAUGAUCCUCCCAGUGAAGGGCAGGUGGUGAGAAGAAGCCAUAAAGGCUAUAACAGGGAUCCUGUGCUGGCUCUUUUAGCCAAAUUAAAUCAAGCACCUGUUGCUGUACAAGAGAGAAGGUACCAUUUGGAGGAUUCUGACGAUAGUGUUGGGGAGCUCAGUGAAGGUCAGAGACCUCAGCUGAGCAGAGCAGCAGAGAGAAUCCUCAUGGGAUACCCAGUAGAUAUGGACCACGCAACUGCUCGAACUUCUGAGGACAGACUGUACCAGGGUUCACGUUCUCCAUCACCAGGGCAGCUUAUCCAGACUGCAGCAGAAAUUCUUGGAGAUGCCGAUACAAGUCAUGGUCCAAUGCUUGUGGCUGAACUGGAAUCACAACCCAUUUCAAAUCCUGUUCUGCAAGCUGCCCAGCCAGCCAGCAGAGUGGCAUCUCUCCCAAAGGGUCCCUCUCAGGAAGAAAGCCAAGGAGAUGCACGAGUUGUGCGACCUCGAGUUGUUCAUGUGAGAAGGAAGUCUGAAGAGAUGCAAGAAGAAGGAGAAAGUGUUGUCCCACAUUUACAUUCACACGUUUCUGCAGAAAGGAUGUCAGUGAAGCUGCCUUCCAUGAAUAUAGAUGACCAGACACAAAGUAUAAGUAGCAUUCAUGGGGAUUCAGAUUCUUCAGGGGCAGAUACAUUUUAAAGCGUAUGGCUUUUUAUGACAGUCACUGUCUGAAGGUUUUGUCUUCAGUAUAUUUGUCAGCCUCGUGUCAUAGUCUGGAUGUUUUAUCCAAAUAGUGGUCUUUCAGAACUGUUUGUUUUCUACCAUUUUUCUAAAAAUUUUGUUACAGCUGUAAAUUUAGGCAAUGGCUCUGUUUGUGAAUAUAACAAAUGCUUUUAAGCAAAUAAAAUGCUGUUCUUUUGGAA